UUUGCCUUUUGUCUGCUUUGCUUGUAUAAAGACAGCGUACAUUCUAGUUCAUACCAUCUAUAUCCUCUAUGCCUUCGACAUUGCUUGAAACUCCUACAAUGGGCUCUCCCAAAGCAUCUCAACUACGCCUAGGCGAUGGCGUCUACGUCCCUACCCUUGCCUUCUUCACCCCCGAGGAUGAAGUAGAUGGUCCAGCUCUUGAAAAGCACAUUGUCAAGUUGCUCGAGGCAGGCGUAGCUGGCAUCGUUGUUCACGGCUCCAACGGCGAAUGUGCCCAUUUGUCUCCAUCAGAACGCACAACCAUCAUCCGUGUUGCUAGAGAUACCAUCAUCCACGAGGCCAGCGGUACUCGCGUUCCACUCAUCGCUGGCUGUGGCGCUCAGAGCACACGGGAAACGACUGAGCUGUGCGAAGAUGCUGGCAAGGCCGGUGCCACUCACGCUCUUGUGCUACCUCCAAGCUACUACGGCGGUCUUCUCCCCGAUGAUCUGAUCAUUCAGCAUUUCUACGCCGUUGCUGACAAGAGCCCCAUCCCUAUUCUCGUGUACAACUUCCCCGGUGCUGCAGCCGGACGGGAUCUCUCCUCGGAUACGAUCCUCAGCAUCGCCAAGCACCCCAACGUUGUGGGUGUCAAGUUGACGUGCGGCAACACUGGAAAGCUUACUCGUAUCGUGGCCGACUGUCCCGAAGGCUUCUUCGUUGGUGGCGGCAGUGCAGACUUCAUCCUGCAGGGUCAUGCGGUGGGCGGCAACGGUACCAUCUCUGGUCUAGCGAAUCUCUGCCCGCGAGCAUGCGUCCGGAUCACAGAACUUGCCAACGAAGGCAACUGGAUGGAAGCCCGACAACUGCAGGCCAAGGUAGCCAAGGCAGACUGGAUGGCGAUCAAGACUGGUUUUGUAGGAGUCAAGGCAGCGCUAGGUCACUUUGGUGGUUACGGAGGCGAGCCUCGACGACCAUGCGUUGCGCCAUCUCAGAAGGAAUUGGAUACUAUCGCUCUUGGAUUCCAAGAAGUGAUGGAUCUUGAGACAACGCUGUGAUUGGGGAGGCAAAAAGGAUGUUUUGAAGGGGAAAAGACAAAACAAAAAGCAGGUUUGCAUAGCGGCUGACGAUGAUGAUUGAUACGAUACAUGAUUUUCAAGCACGAGAUGGUGUUGUGGCGUUGGGGAUACUGUACACAUCUGUACGGUUCCAAUUCUGAAUGCUGCUGUAGUACAUAGUUACCUAUACUAGCAUAUUAAUAUCAUACCUGAUGAACAAU